AUUCAUUUCCAUAUGUGGUUGUGAUCUGUUUUAGUUCUUCUGUGUUUGGUCGAGUGAGUGCAUCUUAUUUUUCUUUCCAAAUCUUUACUUAUUCAUCCCUAAAAACACAAAACUAAAUCAGACUUAUCAGUCCUUUCCUUUCUUUUUGCUCCUUUAGCUCUCUGGUCUAUACUUCUAUUUGCUUUCCGCCUUUCCCUAUAUAUUUUUGGUUGGGUUCUAUAUAUAUUCAACAGAUAGAUCAGCUUCCCCCAAGCGAGAAAGGGCGCUUCAUCGUCAAAGCUCACUCACUCCAACAUAGAUUUCAAACUUGAAAAAAAUUCUCCUCAAAAUUUUUGCUGAAUCAAAAUUGCAAACCGAUGAAACUCUUCAUCCUCCUCUCCCUCUGCUUUCUCUCAUUUUUUAAUAAUGUGAACCAUAUCGCUGGAGCUGGGAGGGAUGCAGCCGGAGAGAACCCAUUCUCGCCCAAGGCCUAUCUGAUGCGAUAUUGGAGCAGAGAGAUCCACAACAAUCUCCCGAAGCCUAGUUUUCUCUUCUCCAAGGCGUCUCCGUUGAACAGUGUUGACGCGGUUAAUUUUGCCAGACUCGCUGCUGAGAAUUCGCUCUCAACUCACUUCCCCUCUUUCUGCUCCUCUGCCAAACUGUUUUGCUUCCCCGAUUUGACUAAUAGUCUGGAAAAGCAUGACAGUGACUCCAACUUUAUUGCUUAUGACGAUCGAAACUUCACUAACUACGGCACUGACAGGCUGGGCGGAGUAGAUUCCUUCAAGAAUUACUCAGAGGUCAACUAUGUCCCUGUUAAUUCGUUCACACGGUAUAGCCGCGACUCGACGGAUCACAAGGACAAGUUUGCCCAUUAUGGCACUGGUCGCAACGUAGUCGACCAAAGUUUCCAAACCUAUGCUGCCGGAGCCACCGGUGGCGAUGGGCAAUUCAAGAAUUACAAUUCGGAAGUCAAUGUGGCUUAUCUCCGAUUCACUUCCUAUGCCGACGAUGCCAAUGGUAGGCCCCAGACAUUUGCAAGUUACUCGGAACGAAGUAAUGUGGGAGGCGGGACCUUCACCAGUUAUGGCAAGAACGCAAAUGGCUCCCCCAAUGAAUUCUCUAGCUACGGCAAGGAUUCCAAUGUCAUUGCUUCUAAUUUCAACAACUAUGGCGAGAAGGGAAAUGUGAACAAUGAUUCCUUUACGUCUUACGGGUUCAACGGAAAUGUUCCUGAGAAUAAUUUCAAGAAUUACGGAGCAGAAGCUAAUGCCGGCAGUGAAACCUUCAGCAGCUACAGAGACCAAUCCAAUGUCGGCGACGAUACGUUUCAAUCGUACGGCAAGAAAUCCAAUUCCGAAAAAAUAAAUUUCGGUAAUUACGGACAAACCUUCAACCCAGGUUCAGACAGGUUCACUGGCUAUGGUGAGGCCGCGAAAGGGCAGGCUAUAGGCUUCAAGAUCUAUGGAGUCAACAGCACUUUCAAAGAGUACACCAACAAGAAGGCAAUGUCGCUUAAACAAUAUACUGAUGCCAACUCCGAGCAAGCCGCAAAGAAGCUGAGUGGCAGUUUGGUCAAUAAAUGGGCUGAACCGGGCAAAUUCUUCAGAGAAUCAAUGCUCAAGGAGGGAACCGUGAUGCCUAUGCCGGACAUUAGAGAUAAAAUGCCGGAAAGGUCAUUUUUGCCCCGCACAAUUGUCUCAAAACUACCAUUCUCAACUUCCAAGAUCGACGGAAUCAAGCAAAUCUUUCACGCGAGUGACAACUCUACCAUGGAAACCAUAAUCAAAGAUUCUUUGAGCGAGUGUGAGAGGGCUCCAAGCGCUGGCGAAACCAAGCGCUGCGUUGCCUCCAUCGAGGACAUGAUCGACUUCGCGAGCUCGGUUUUGGGCCGAAACAUGGCUGUUCGCUCAACUGACAACGUGGAGGGGUCAAAGCAGAAUAUCCAGAUCGGGUUGGUUAAAGGAAUUAACGGCGGAAGAGUAACCAAGUCCGUUUCUUGCCACCAGAGUUUGUACCCGUACUUGCUAUAUUAUUGCCAUUCAGUCCCUAAAGUUCGGGUAUACGAAGCGGAUUUAUUAGAUCCAACAACGAAUGCCAAGAUCAACCACGGUGUUGCCAUCUGUCACUUGGAUACCACGGCUUGGAGCCCGACCCAUGGAGCUUUCUUAGCUUUGGGUUCAAGUCCGGGUCGGAUUGAGGUUUGUCACUGGAUAUUCGAGAACGAUAUGACGUGGACCAUUGCUGAUUAGAGUGGAUACAAAGCUCAAUUUGGUCUAACUUAUUUGAAUUAAGCUAAUAAUAAUGUAGUGUACUUCUCACUUUGGAAGCCUUCAUAUAGGCCCUUUAUUUAUGACUUAUGAGAGUUGUAUUUUUAAAGUAUCUAAGUAUUCGGUAGUAUUUAUUGUACAUAAGAAAAUAUCUCUAAGUUUCCAUAA